UGCAGUCAUUAGUUGAACUACAACGUCAAGGUGGAGUGUACGCUCAUUUUCUGGUGGCAUUACCGUUACAGUAUAUAUAUUGAACUGUGCAGUGGGGGGGAAAAAUACAUCGUGAUACGGGAAACCUACAUUACAAUUUAUAUGAGUGCUGGAACCAGCGGUGAGGGAAUUAGUAUAAAUUUACUUAACGUUGGUAAACAUACGUCAGGCAGAUCCCAAGAUAUAAAGAUGGUAUGGCUGACAGCAGCUGGGAGUGUGGCCAUGCUGACGCUGUGGGUGACCAACUUGGCAGUUGACUAUGCUGCUGCCGUUCAGUUAUGUAUUAACAUGGAAGUUAUCCAUGGUAUUAUGCUGAUGAUAUGGGUGAUGCUUUUCCACCUGGUCACUGGAGGCUGGCUGCUCAGAAUACUGUCAAGCAAAUUUAACAAGUGUUUUCUAAUUGCCCUCUUCCUGAUUAUGGAGAUACCUUUCUAUUUGUUAUGCCGGGGAGCAUGGUAUGGCUUGUGGGCAUGUUGCUCAAGAAGCCAGACUGACAGGUCACGCAGAGCUCUACAAGCAAAAUUUGCAGCCAUUUGUGAAAUGUGGAAUUCUUUUGAGAAACUGCCAUUAGAAGGGUCAGACCACCGUCAGGAGACCUGUGUUCCCUCUCAGUCUGAGGCAUUACCAGUUCCGACCACCAAUGGUUCUGCUACUGUCACUUUUGAUGAUCAGCAUGAAACAGAAGUCCCUGUCAAAAUGGUGACAACUAAGUUUGUUGAAAACACUAAUCAAAUUCACCUAAGUCCAAGUGCUUCCUUCGACAUCCAUAUUGGAGAACGGAGUGUAUAUAAAUUCCUGAAAAGAAGGUUGCAUGAACUCUAUGCAGAUAAAGCAAGAGUGUCAUACCACAUUGUAACAGAUCCCACAAACACAAAAAUUAUUCAUGCUUCUUGCACAGACAAACGCAUUGGUAGUUUGCCUGAACGUGUCCUUAGUGAAAAUCCACUUGUCAUUUGUAAUGAUACUCACUAUAUUUUGAAUCUUCAUAGGUACAAUGGUUAUGAGGUUUAUCAUAUUACAAAACGGUCAUUGGAAGAAGUUACCUCCUAUAUUAACAGAGACUUGACAAAGCUGCUUUGGCUUCCCACGUGGCCCCUGACGGUGAUUAAGUUCCUCAUCAUAAUGGACAUUAGCAGGCAUCAAAUAGCUACUUUCAAUACAAGAGAUUGGCCAUUGCCUUCGGUGGUGUAUGUGAGCGCAGUUCUUGGUGUACUGACAUGGAUGGCGACACAGAGGUCUCUCUACCAAACCAACACAGACAUCCUGUACCUAAGUGGCCACAGGCUCUUCUUGUAUGUGGUAAGAACCAUACUUCUAUGUGGCUCAGGAACACUUACACAAUUGUACUACGUUCUCAUCCCAUACCUCAUCGCCAAAGCUGUUGGGUUCAUCUCCUUUGUGGCCUAUCUGUCCUACAUGAAAGCUAAACGGAAUGUGGAGCUUUUUACGGAUGAAGUUGACAGGUACACCUUUUACCCUGCGCACAACCUAGUAGUUCAGGUAGGAGAGAGCUUUGUGUACUGUAUUUGGGCUGUAAUUGUGCACUGUACUAGUAUGCAUUUUAUAUAUAGUCUCAAUUUGUUGCUCAUUACCUUCAUUGGCCAUGUGAUUGGCUUGGUUUGGCUCUGGUUGAUCAAGUCACGUUACAGACAACCACUUCGUGACCCCAACCAGGUACUAGCCUUAAUAAAGCAGAUGGAAUAUGCUAGGUCAUAAGAGCUGUAUUUUUCUUUUCAUAUAAUCACCCUUUGUAAUAUAUGUAACUCCGGUAGGGAUCCCUUAUGUUUUUUUUUUUUUCAAGCCACUUUGUUUCUGGGCUGUAUUUUAAGAUUGCCUCCAUUUGUGUACUUAUGUAUGCUCAUAAAAUAAAGCUUAGUACAGUGGACCCCCGGUUAACGAUAUUUUUUCACUCCAGAAGUAUGUUCAGGUGCCAGUACUGACCGAAUUUGUUCCCAUAAGAAAUAUUGUGAAGUAGAUUAGCCCAUUUAAGACCCCCAAACAUACACGUACAAACGCACUUACAUAAAUACACUUACAUAAUUGGUCGCAUUCGGAGGUAAUCGUUAUGCGGGGGUCCACUGUAUUGAUAAUUAUAUUUGUGGGAAAGUGCUUCACAUGUAGGGGGUCACACAGUGGUUAGGGAUGGGAGGUAAUCAGGUUUGAUCCAGGAAGUUAGAGGGGUAGCUCUAAUUCCUUGGAUCAAGAGCCAUUGACCUGUAUUUAGACACCUUCCUUAAAGGGACUUUAGCAUUGAAAUUGGGAAGUAUAGCCCAUUUUGUGAACCUGUUUGGUAAGUGAUAACCCCCUAGUGGCCAUUGCAGGAAUCAGAUUGGGGUAUUUGUUAUAUUCCAGAACCACUAGACCAUUAAGGGUCAGAACACAUGAGGAAUGGAAUAAUUAGGUUUGAUCAACAAAUGGGAGGAUAGCUUAAAUUCCUUGGAGCACAAGCCUCUUACUGGCAUCAAAGCACCUUGUCCCUCCUGAAAGGUCAUGUAAGAUUUAGCAUGUGUAAAUUUGGUCAUGUUAACUCCAUUAAUUUUAAAUAUUUUUAUGAAUUCUUUCUCCAUAAGCCAUGUGUGUAGUAAGAGGGGACUAAAAUGUCAGGAGCAAGGGGCUAGUAACCUCUUCUGUAUAAAUUACUAAAUUUAAAAAGAAAAACUUUUGUUUUUCUUUUUAGGUCUCCCUGCCUUUGUAGGAUAUGGCCAGUUUGUUGAAAAAAACAUUAUUUUAUGCUGAAGGGCUCAUGAUCCAAGAAAUGAGCUCUCCUCUCCUUUGUUAAAUCAGAACAGCAUAAGAACAGAGUAGCACUGCAGUUAGGCCUAUUGGCCUAUGCUAGGCACAUCCUAUUCACUCCUGCUUAUGUACCUGUCCAACCUAUUUUUUAAAACUACCCAAAGUACUGUCUUCAUUAAUGCUUGUUUAAACUCUUAAGGUUUAAUGCUUAGCCAUGAACAUAUCAGUUAUAUUUUCAUAAAGGGGCGGUGCUAGUAUUUAGUCAAUAUUAAAACAUUACCCUUAUAAAACUGCAUUAAAAUUGGUGUGCAUUUGUCAUGUACUGUACUGCAAAGUACAUAGUUUUAUAGUUACAGUAUUUAAAACAUAUAUUUAAGGGGUAUAAAUUUUAUCAAUAUCUAAAAUAUUUAUAUUUUAUUCACAAGUGCUAGAUUCACAUAUAAUAUAUAUAGUUGACCCUUGAACAACGCAGGGGUUAGGGGCACCGAAUCCCUCGCGCAGUUGAAACUUCCCGUAUAACUUUUGACUCCUCAAAAACUUUACUAAUGUCCUACUGUUGACCGGAAGCCUUACCGAUAACGUAAAGAGUCGAUUAACAUUGUUUUGUAUGUUAUGUGCAUUAUAAACUGUAUCUUGCAAUAAAGUAAGCUAGAGAAAAGAAAAUCUUAGUAACAAAAUCAUAAGAGAAAAUACAUUUAUAGUACUGUACUGUAUUUAUUAAUACCCCCCCCAAGGAAGGUUCCUUGAUAUUGGUGAGGGGCUCUUGAUCUAGGGAAUUGGAUUUGUGUUCUGGUUCCCUGAAUUAAACCUGAAUACCUUCCACAUUCCCUAUGGGUUUAGCGCUACCCCUUGAUUAUAAUAAUAUUGAUACCGUAAGUUUACUUAGUUUACAAGAUGAAUCGUCUGUCAGUACCUGCAUCAGUAGUGUCUUAUGUAAUACAAGACACUGUAGAUGUUAUAUGUAUUACUAACACUAGACACCAAAAAUGCAUAGAUAACGUGGAAAGAGAAAUAUAUAUUUAUUCAUGAUUUAAUAUUGCAUCUUUACGUAUGUUUACAUUUCUCUCUACUACGAAUGGAAUACAUAUAUGUAUAUGAUUUGUAAUUGUUUGUGUGCCUAAAUUUUGAUAAAUUUUAAUUUUAUAUAAUAGAUUUGUGUAAUUUUAUGGUGGUAAAUGAUAGACUUGUAUCUACAUACGUAUAUUUUAUGCAUUCAUGACAUACUUAACCUUUUCCAGUAUAUUUAUUGAAAAAAUUGGCAUAUUAAGUGGACCAGUGCAGUUCAAAUCCACGUUGUUCAACGGUCAACUGUGUGUGUGUGUGUGUGUGUGUGUGUGU